AUGGCUGCAGCUUAUGCAGCUUUAGUUUCUCUCACUCAUACUCUUGAUCAGAUCCUCCUCCACCCACCUCCUACCCUUGAUAUCAUUUUUGAUACAGAUCAGAUUCAAUCUCUACGAGAUAAGGCCGAGUACUUUUUGGUAGAUUUUUUCGAAAAUUAUACAAGUAGUGGAGGCAAUAAAGAGAUGGAAGACUUGGAGACGAUGAUCGGUGAUGCAGCAUAUGCAGCAGAAUAUAUCGUUGAGUUCAAUGUGAUGAACCAAAUUCUUGGAAGAUCUUCAGCCGAUAGAGAAGAAAGCUCCAAUCUCUUGUUUGAAGGUGUAGAAAUUUCAAUACAAGAGUUCCUUUUCAUUGAGAAAGAGUUGGUGAAAUUCAAGAAAGAUAUGCAACGACCUAAUAACUACUACUUGACAACAAAAGCUAGUUCUUCUUCUUCAUCAAGGCCUCUUCUUCCGGCCUGUGGCAAAAACAGCAUGGUGGGAUUCGACAACCACAUGGAUGAAAUUAUGGGCGCUCUCUCCACCAACGAAUCUAAUCUUCGGAUCAUCUCUAUUGUUGGAAUGGGAGGCAUAGGUAAGACUACCCUUGCCACUAAUGUUUUUAACAAUCCCUUUAUUGUGGAGCACUUUCAGCUACGUGCUUGGUUUACGGUAUCCCAGGAAUAUACUGACAAGAAGAUUCUCCUAGGCCUUUUGCAUCAGAUCAGUAAUACAUAUCGAAAUGCAUAUGAGAUCGAUGAUGAUGAUGAUGAUGAUGAAGAUGAUGAUUAUGAAAUAGGAGAUAGACUGCACAAAACUUUGUUUGGGAGGAAGUAUUUGAUAGUGAUGGAUGACAUGUGGGAUAUCAAGGCGUGGGAUAUGGUGAAAAGGUUCCUUCCUGAUAAUAGUAACGGAAGUCGAAUCUUUGUAACUACUAGGCUGAUGAAGUUGGCUGUUGAUAUUGGAUCUUGUAGCCCUUAUCAACUGAAUCUUCUAGAAAAAUCACAGAGUUGGGAUUUACUCCGUGAAAAGAUAUUUGCAGAAGAACGUUGCCCCGAUGAAUUGGAGGGAACUGGAAAAAGUAUUGCGACAAAAUGCAGAGGACUUCCAUUAGCUCUUGUUGUGAUUGCUGGGGUUCUUGCAAAGUCCAAGACAAAACAACAUUGGGUGUCAAUUGAAAAAGAUGUAACUUCAGUGGUAAACAAUGAAGAUGAUGAGUUCUGCAUGAAGAUACUAUUGUUGAGCUAUAAUAACUUGCCUAUACAUCUAAAGCCUUGUUUCCUUUACUUUGCCGUGUUUCCUGAAGAUCAUAUCAUCAAAGCGGAAAGGCUGGUCAGGUUGUGGGUUGCUGAAGGAUUUAUUAGGCAGUAUGGGCAUAAAAGCUUAGAAGAAAUUGGAAAGGAGUACUUGAAGGAUCUUAUUGAUCGAAAUCUCAUUUCCGUCAAUUGGAGGUCAGUUACGGGAGAAGUGACCGGCUGCAACAUUCAUGAUGUUUUAAGUAACCUAUGCAAGAGAGAAGCUCAAAAAGACAAUUUUAUUCUCUCGUUCGCUAGAAAGCUUUAUAACCCCGAUAUUUUAACUUUCAUGAAGUUCACACCACGUCUCAGCAUUAAUGAUGGAAAAUGGAAAGGGACGAAACAUAAGCCAUAUACAUCACAGAUACCUACACGGUCUUUGUUAUGCUUCUCUAAAGGGGCUUCAACUGAUUACACGGCUCGUCGGUUUCCAUUACUACGAGUAUUGGAUGUAGUUGAUAUAUAUCCCAAAGAUGAGAUUCUACAGCUAAUUAACUCAAGUUGCUGUGGAGAAAUCGUCUUCCCAAGUUCACUUAAGGAGUUGAUCUUAAGUGAAUGCAAGAUUCCUUGGGAAGAUAUGUCAGUUGUUGGUUCUUUGCCCAACCUUCAAGUUCUCGAGUUGCACAAAAAUGCUGCUAUAGGGAAAAAGUGGAUUCCAAAAGAAGGGGAGUUCAUUCGACUGAAGUUCCUAUGGAUUAACAUGUGUGAAUUGGAGAUAUGGGAAGCAGACAAUACACAUUUCCCAUGUCUAGUGAAACUAAAUCUUGGAUACUUAAACCUCAAGGAGAUCCCUUUGGAUUUUGACGAAAUAUUACCACUUCGAGCAAUUAACUUAUAUCACAAUAGCAGCAAUGACCUUCGGGCAUCUGCAAAUGAAAUAUCAGAGCGACGAGAGAACCUAGGUUACGAUGCUCUUUAUGUUCAAAAGUUUACAUUUGGAGUGCUCAAAAUUUGGGUGAAGAGAGGUAUUAAUCUUGCUGUUGGUGGUGGAGAUCCUUAUGUUGUUAUCACGAUGGGCAAUCAGAGUGUGGAGACUCGUAUUGUGACAAAUGAUGUUCAUCCUAUAUGGGAUGAGGUACUCACAAUUUACGUUUCAGAUCCUAGCCGUCCAGUUUCUCUGGUGAGAUUCUCUAAUUUAAGAUAAAAAUAAAUUUGGCAACUAGUUUUGUAAUAUUUAUUUCUCA